GGGGUUUGGUAGCGUUGCCGUGCGGCGUGAUCUGUGCGCAGCGCGGAUGGAGGAAACAGUUUGAGCAGCAGAACGCAACGACUACCGACGCGCUUCAGCGGAAAACGGCUCGGCGUGUUUCAGCCAGACGUCCUUGAUUUAAUGGGUCCCAUCAUCGGGAUGUCGCCGGAUAAGAAAGCCGAAUCGCCGGGUGCGGCGGGGGAGCGGGCGGGCCUCCGCGGGGUUUGCGGGACGCUCCCCGAAGCCGAGUGCGCCUCCGGUCCUCUGGCCACCAGCCUGGACCGCAGCUCCGGAGACGAGGAGCUCACCAACCUCAACUGGCUCCACGAGAACCUGCUCCAGAACUUCACCCUGGGCGGCCCCGAGGCCCAGUCCAGCCCCGGGCCGCUCUUCUACAUCGAGGGCAGCCCCGGCGCCUCCGCCGUGUCCUCGGGAGCGGUCCGCGCCGGCGACUCCGUCAAGUCCAAGCCGCCCUUCUCCUUCUCCCUGCUCAUAUACAUGGCCAUCGAGCAGUCGCCCAGCAAGUCUCUGCCCGUGAAGGACAUCUACGGCUGGAUCCUGGAGCACUUCCCGUACUUCUCCAGCGCCCCGACAGGCUGGAAGAACUCCGUGCGCCACAACCUGUCCCUCAACAAGUGCUUCCGCAAGGUGGAGAGGAGCCUUGGGAAGGUUAAUGGGAAGGGCUCUCUGUGGUGCGUGGACCCCGAAUACAGACCCAAUCUGAUCCAAGCCCUGAAGAAACAGCACUUACCCUCUGCCCACUCCUUCUGCACACCCCCUGCUUCCCCACCCAGUGCCUUCUCACCCGCACGUCACCUCUUCCUCCAGGGCUGCUCUCUCAAAGAGUCUGACAUUGAUGCUGCCACUGCUAUGAUGCUCUUAAACUCUGCCCCUGGACACCAUAGUGACCCAUGUGACCCGGACAGCCCCAUAGACCUCUCUCGCCCAGAUUCGGUCCUGGUGAGCAGCGACCCGAAGCAGGACCACAACUACAGCAGCUCGUCUUUCCAGCGCUGCUCGUCUCGCUCUUCCUCGUCCUCCUCAUCCUCGCUGUCCUCCCUGGACGAGGCCGGCUGCGACCCGGGCCAGGACCGGCGCGCCGGCAGCGAGGGCUUCCACAGCGACGAGGAUUCAGACGAGGAGAGGAACCCGCGCCUGCCCUCGCUCCCCGUCCGGCGCCCGCUCACCGUCAAGUACCCGCUUCCGGUCAAACGAGCCCGUCACGAGUCCAAACCGGAGCUGGACGACGAGCUGAAGGAGGCGGCCGGGUCCCUGCUGCACCUCGCCGGGAUCCGCUCCGGCUUGGAUCUCUCCAAGCGAACGGCCAAGAGCAAAAAGCCCGAAAAGCACCGGAAAUGAACGCUUUAGUGACAUUUUAACCCUUGGACUGUGCCUCACUUCAUUGAAACCUUUUUUUUUUUUUUUUUUGCGUUUUUAUACACGAGAGAACUCCCUCCCCGACUCAAACUACGGCAAUAGCAACCCUCAGCGCGGAGGUGAACGAAGCCAUACCGAGACUCACGGAGAAACGCAGGUGGUUGUGCUUCAGGAUGAAGGGGGAGAAACUGGUGUUUUUUUUCCUCUUAAACGUUUGCAUGCUUCCUCUUUAAGUGAGUGUCCUACUCUUCCAAGUGAAUCUGUGCUAUUUAUACAGAGAACGAGUGCAUGUCUGUGUUGUUCGGAGCACUAACCCCUCGUCCGAUUACGUCAAGACUCCCUCCUCGAAUUGUUUUGAAAUACAGAACAAAGAAUGCAAUAA